AUGUUGAUGACUAAAUUCGUAGUUAAUUUAAAUUACGUUUUUCUGGUUUUUUAUAGAUUGUACAGCGUCGACCGGAACAAUAUGAUGAAUAAUUCUUGCAACGUACAAGACUCUCCGAAUUACCCGCCCAACCAUCCUCUCAGCGGUUCGAAGCAUCUGUGCUCCAUAUGCGGCGAUCGCGCCAGUGGAAAACAUUACGGAGUGUACAGUUGCGAGGGGUGCAAAGGAUUCUUCAAACGCACCGUGAGGAAGAAUUUGUCGUAUGCGUGUCGCGAAGAAAACAAAUGCAUCAUCGACAAGCGCCAACGAAAUCGGUGCCAGUACUGCAGGUAUCAAAAAUGUUUGACCAUGGGCAUGAAAAGAGAAGCCGUGCAGGAGGAAAGGCAACGUACAAAAGAACGAGAUCAUAAUAGCAUAGAAGUUGAACCUACGAGCAGUUCUAAUACUGAUAUGCCAGUGGAACUUAUAUUAAGAGCUGAGAAUAAAGCUGAUGCUAUAAAGACUGAACAACAGUAUAUAGAGCAACAACAUCCUCAACAUACUGUUGGUGCUAUUUGUCAAGCAACUGACAAGCAGUUAAUUCAACUUGUUGAGUGGGCCAAGCAUAUACCGCAUUUUAAAAAUUUACCUCUAGGCGAUCAAGUUUUGUUAUUGAGAGCUGGUUGGAAUGAGUUGAUGAUUGCAGCAUUUUCCCAUAGAUCAAUCAGUGUAAAAGAUGGUAUAGUCUUAGCUACUGGACUUACUGUUGACAGAGAUUCAGCUCAUCAAGCUGGUGUUGAAGCUAUAUUUGAUCGUGUACUCACUGAACUCGUUGCUAAAAUGAGAGAUAUGGGUAUGGAUAGAACAGAGCUUGGCUGUUUACGUACUAUUAUUCUAUUUAAUCCAGGUUCAAAAGGUUUGCAGUCAGUGAAUGAAGUGGAAGUACUACGUGAUAAAGUUUAUGUUGCGUUAGAAGAAUAUUGUCGUACAACACAUCCAGAAGAACCUGGACGAUUUGCUAAACUACUUCUUCGGCUUCCUUCAUUACGUUCAAUUGGUUUAAAAUGUCUGGAACAUUUAUUCUUUUAUAAACUUAUUGGAGAUUCACCAAUUGAUACAUUUUUAAUGGAAGUUCUUGAAUCAUCAUCACAUGACGUUCAAGUAGCUACAUGA